AUGUCAGACCCCCGGCAUGACAUUUCUAAAACAGGUGUCGAUGCCAUACCCAUCGAUGCCCCUAGCAGCAAAGAAAUUGAGAUCGAGGCAACGACUGUUGUUUCUUUGCCACCAAUUACCCUUACAGAUGGUGGAUUCCGGGCAUGGCUCCAGGUCAUUGGGUGCUUCCUUGUCUUCUUCAAUGUCUGGGGCUUCACAUUUGCAUUCGGCCUCUUCCAGAACUACUAUGAGACGUCCUUCUUAAAAACCAGCUCUGCAUCCGACAUAUCCUGGAUCGGGACGCUUGCAUCCUACCUGUUGAUCGUCAUUGGCAUAAUUUCUGGGCCGUUGUUUGACCUCGGUCAUUACCGCAUCAUGCUGUUUGGUGGUGCGGCCAUGUCAUGCUUGGGGAUUUUCAUGUUAAGCUUGUCAAGCGAGUAUUAUCAGAUUAUAUUGACUCAGGGCAUUUGCACUGGCCUUGGCUGUGGUGUCCUCUUCAUUCCCGGAAUGGCACUUGUUAGUCGUUCAUUCAAAGCGAGGAGGGCAAUCGCACUAGGUCUCGUGAGCUGUGGCGCUCCAUUUGGUGGCAUCAUUUAUACCAUUGUUUUCCAGCAGCUGAUCGACCCCUUGGGUUUUGCUUGGACUGUUAGAGUUAUGGGCUUCAUCAUGCUCGCGUCGUUUCUUCUGGCCUUCCCUCUGUUGCUCUGGGGGGCUACAAAUAUUGGUGACAUCAGCUCGGGUACCGCGCGAAAACUCUUCGACAAAGCAGCUCUUAAGGAUAUUGGAUUUUGGUGUUAUACAUGGGCAAACUUCUUCUUGUUUACCGGUUACCUCGUUCCUUUUUUCUAUAUACCCAGUUACGCACAGCUUGCAUUGGGCACAUCACGAGCUCUAGCACUUUACUCGAUUGUAAUUGCGCAAGGCGCUUCAGUGGUAGGACGAAUGAUAGCUUCGACCGUCGCGCUACACAUAGGUGUGAUGAUUCCCUGGUUGAUAUGUGGCUUUGUCUCCGCCAUACUCUGCCUGGCCUGGAUAGGCAUCAAGAGCACGGCUUCCUUCUGUGCCUUUGCCGCUCUCUACGGCUUCUUCAGUGGCGCUCUCAUUCCACUCCCGCCCAGUAUCUUCCCCGUUGUUUGCCCUGACCCAAAGGUCUUGGGCGCCCGACUUGGUAUGGCUCAAGCAAUCGGCGCCACCGCUUCCCUUAUCGGCAGCCCGAUCGCUGGAGCCCUGGUUGGUGAUGAUGGGCGGCAUUAUGUGGGACUGCAACUCUUCAGCGGGCUUGUGAUGAUGGUCGGAUCUGUGUUUCAACUAUGCCUUUGGUUCACCUUGGUUAAAAAGAGAGACUGCAAGGUCCUAGUCUGA